AUGGCUCCGCAUUCUGUGAUGGUGACAGGGGCUAAUCGUGGCAUUGGAUAUGGCCUUGUGAAGGAAUUCCUGAAGAACAAGGAAAUUCGCCAUGUCAUCGCCACCGCACGCGAUCCAGAAAACGCCACUAAGCUCAAGGAGAUCAAUGACAGCCGACUGAGCAUUGUGAAGCUCGACGUGACUUGCGAUGAUUCUAUAAAGAAGGCGUACGCUGAGGUAGAAAAGAUUGUUGGGGAACAAGGACUGACCGUACUUGUCAAUAACGCAGGUGUCUUAUUGAAAUACCGCACGAAACAGGAACCGAAUCGAGCUGAUCUUAUCAAGAACUUCAAUAUCAACACGGCAAGCGUCGCUGUACUAACUCAGGUAUUCCUACCGCUUUUGUGUAAAGCUGCUAAGCAUGGAACUUCGGACGAGUUAUCAGUGGAUCGAUCGGCAAUCAUCAACAUUUCAUCCACCCUUGGUUCGAUCGCUAGUAAUACAAUGGGCUCAGGAGAGAAGCAAGUGCUGGCCUACAAUGUUAGCAAGACUGCACUGAACUCUCUGAUGAAGACGAUGGCGAUCGAUCUGGAAUCGGAUCAUAUUCUUAUCGCGUCUUUCUGUCCUGGUUGGGUACAGACGGAAAUGGGAGGGUCAGAUGCCCAAAUAACAACUGACCAAUCCGUGGCAGAUCUUGUCAAGUCUUUCUCGAAUCUGAACAAAAGUCAUCACGGCGGGUUCUUCAACAGGGAGCUUGAAGUUAUCCCAUACUAA